AUGACCAGCAGACAUGCAGCGAAAAAUGCGGUUAUCGGGAUUGCGAAGGAAUACGGAUUCAUCCAACCUAGCUCCCUUGACGAGAUUGGACGAAUAAAACCAGAGCUUCGGCGCGAGAUCGAAGAGAGCAUGUUAGCUAAGGACAAGAAAAUUGGGCAUUCCAUUCAAACACUCGCCAAAAAUAUCUACAGCAGCAACGCUCGUUUCGUCUUCGAACUCCUUCAGAACGCGGAUGAUAAUCGAUUCACAAGAGCGGCUGGGAGAAAUGAACUACCUUUCAUUGCUUUCAACGUGUAUCCCGACAGAAUUGUCCUUGAGUGCAAUGAAGAUGGGUUUACAAAGGAGAAUCUGUCAGCUAUUUGCUCGGUUGGUGAGAGCACCAAAGCGGCAUCGCACGGCUACAUUGGAGCGAAGGGCAUCGGAUUCAAAUCAGUGUUCAUCGCGGCUUGGAAAGUUGAUAUUCAAUCUGGCAAUUAUACUUUUUAUUUCAAGCAUGAGAAGGGUGAUCCUGGUCUUGGAAUGGUCUUACCAGUGUGGCAAGAUUCCGAUGAGAUAUUGCCAGAUCCGUUGACUCGCAUAACCCUUCACCUUCACCAGAACGGGGAGACAGAAGAUAUCGAACAUCUUCAUAGAACCAUAUUCAAACAGCUCAAUGACUUGGAGCAGACAUGUCUUCUCUUUCUGAGGAAUUUGAAGGAGAUACGGGUGUCCUUCUACGAUGGAGUUGAUGAAUUGCAGAACUCCAAAAAGUUCUACUUGGAGAACAAUUCUCAGCGUGAUGUUUUUCUCAAGACUGAGUCAAUUGAUAUGAAUGGCAACAGUUUUAUUGAGAAAAAGGGCUAUUUUGUCACUCGUUACAUGGCAACUGGUCUCCCGAGAAGCGACAAUCGUGAACUCUCGGACACCCCUGAAGCGAGGCGAAGCUCUUCCAAGGCCGAAAUCGUGCUCGCAUUCCCCCUGACGGAUGAUAGAAAGCCACUUCUUGAACAACAAUCAGUUUUUGCUUUUUUACCUGUCAGAGAAACCAACUUCAAGUUUUUGAUACAAUCAGACUUUGACACAACUGCCAGUCGGCAAGAUAUCUCCGCAACAUCGAGACGAAACAUCGAACUUGUGAACCACAUUGCCUUAGCAUUUGUGCAGGCGAUCCGGGGGUUCUGGUAUGACCCUGACCUAGGCUAUACGUGGCCAAUGUAUCUUCCGUCGCCAGACGACGCAGUUGGUACUUUUUGGGCGCAUCUUCAUUCAACAAUUGCGGAGAGACUAGAUAUACAGCCUGGUGUCAGGUCUCGACAUGGCUCCCCUCGGAAGAUAAAAGAUGUGAAGGUUCUGGCAACAGAUUUCAUGGAUAGCGAUGGAAAUCCCCUGCUGGACGACUCAGAUAUCGACCCUUUUCUCUCCAGUCAUUACCCGUAUGCAUCUCAGAAAGCCCUUCGUCAUUAUGGUCUGGAAACCAUGAGUUAUGAUUUACUUUUCUGCAUGCUGUACAAAGAUCUUGAAAGCGCUGCGUCCCGGAUUCAAUCAAUGUCCACGAGUGAGGAUAGCCACAGCCGCGUCGCAAAGCUCCUAUCUGUAGUUGCGGAAACGCACAAGGACAGUCUAGUAUCAUUGGAACUCCUUCCUCUACGAAGCGGUCCCUGGGUUACGGCCGAUUCCGGCUCUGUUUUUUUUCCAACAAUAGACGGCAUUUCCAUUCCUCCAGGCUUAGAUCUUCGUGUUUUGGAUCCAAAUGCGGCAGCGAAUGAAAACCGCCGAUCCCUUUUUAUUCUUUUGGGGGUUACCGAGCCAUCGGUCAUACAAGUGCGGAAUUCAAUUCUGAGGAAGAGUUGCUCCGCUGCUGCGUAUCCAAGCAUGGACGAAUCAAGGGCGCACUUGCACUUCUUGUACCUGACCCACCAGUUCAAGCAGAAUAAAGAUGAGCUGAGACAUAUUUGCAUCUACUCGCAUUCUGGCUCUCCGAUAAGACCACACCAAGUGGACUGUUAUCUAUCAUCAGACCAUCCCUACGGACCAGAAGCCCUCCUAGAGGCGACGGAUAACUUGCCAGGCCUCAGCGUAUCUUUCAUCCACCCGACCUCACUCCAGGAAGUCCCGGAAGCGCCAAACUCAGGUCAUCUCUCAUGGAAUAAAUGGCUACAAGACAAUCUCGGGAUAAGGAACAAACUGAGACUCAUCGCCAGAGACGGAAAAAGUCUCUCCCUUGCCUGGGACUAUGUGGCUAAAUUCCGACCAGAGAAGCUCCUCGGGCUCCUGCAACACCUUUGGAGCUCUGAAGGAGGAACCUUACGCAAAAAUGAUGACUUGAAACAGCUUAUUCGAGAAACGGACGCAAAGCGGCUCUGUGGCAUGAAACUUCCAGGACAAUGCCAGCUUGAUCAGACAUACCUCCCAUUACCCAACCUUCUUGAGCAGCGUUCGCGGUUCUUAAAAUCAAAUGAGAGGUUUCCAUUCUUGGAGCUCGAGGGAACGUUGUCUGUGGAGCAGCUAAGUUCAAAAUGGAUUUUUCUUCAUACAGAGCUUUGUGUCAAACAAGAUGAUAAUGUCGAAUUUUUACUCGACAUCCUGAGAUGGCUCAAAGAAACGAACCCUUAUGCCACUUCCAUUGAAGACUAUGAACGCAUCUGCAGACUUUACGGUGCAAUCAAUGCCAAAUAUCUUGGUAGCGAAAGUCAGCUGGUCAUGAGGAACUACAUAAAGACCACUUUUGAGGACGGAAAAUACAUUUACGUUCCCAAGCUUGAUGAGGACGAUGACGAUUUCGCCGUCUGGGCUAGUCCCGAGCGAUGUUUAUGGGAGGGGCCGUUAAACAUGAUUACCAAAUUUCCACUUCAGCAUCUCUAUGGACAAUUUGUUCCUAGAGAUCAGCUACUUCAGCUUUCAACCUUUUUCAAGCAAGCUUUAGGCAUCACGGCGGCUUCUUGGUCUGAUGUGACGGCUGAAUUGGCAGCUCGAAGGGAUGAAGGUUUCCAGCAAUUCACUCCAAUUUUUGAUUUUUACAACUAUCUCACUGACAUGAAAGAUCUUGUCUUUGUUGAUGAUAUACGGCACGCAUUUGAAGUCGAACCCUUGAUUUUUGUGACUAGGGAAGCCCAGUCUGGUUGGUACCGGGCAAGUGAAUGCUUGUGGUCAAGCACUACAGAGAUACGUGGAAAGGUCACGCUCAAUGACCAUUAUGAGGACCUCAAAGAUUUCUUCAUUGACACUUUGGGGGUCAAAACGCUAACCCUUCAGAUGGUCUAUGACGACCUGCUGGAGACAAGUGCGCACGCAACACUGAACGAUACAAAAUCCAAGAUAUGGUCUCUUAAUGCACUUCUUGACGCAGAGGAGGAUUAUGUUAAUCUUGAUCCGAAGCCAUUGUUGAAAAGACCGAUUUUCCCCGUUGUCUACUCUGACGGCACAAAGGCUCUUAGGUCAGAGGAUACCCAGUUCGCCAUUACGGAUCGAGAGCACUUGGCAUCACGAUUUCGAGGAAAAAUCAAGAUUCUUGACUUUAGCCAAGAAGAAUGGGCCAGUCUCUCCCACCGCUACCUUUCUGUUGCCGUCAAGGAAUUGACAUCCUUCUCGGGCGAGACAACACGGCUCAACCCAUGGCCCAAUCGAGAUUUGAAACGAAAGGCACAUUCUAUUCUCCGUAUCGCAGGUACAUUUAAUAGCCCGAGGUAUCAAGCCGGCCCCCUAGAGCUUUAUAAGUUACUUCAGACAGCUAGUGUCGAAACAACAGAUGGCAUUGUCUCGAUCCUGCGCAUCUCUCAAGAUGGCAAAGUGGCCGACGUGGAAGAGUUGAUUGGGAAACUACACAUCAGCGAAGAAGCGUCUCGUCUCUCUAUCUACGUCCCCAGGGAUAGGAAAGCGCAGGAGCUUUGCUUUUGCGACCUUCUACCCAGGCAGCUUGUCGACUGA